AUGUCUGCUCCCGUUAACCCCAAGGCUUUCCCUCUUGCUGAUGCUGCUUUGACCAGCACCAUCCUUGAUUUGGUUCAACAAGCAUCUCACUACAAGCAACUCAAGAAGGGUGCUAACGAAGCUACCAAGACCCUCAACAGAGGUAUCUCUGAAUUCAUCGUUAUGGCUGCUGAUACCGAGCCUUUGGAAAUUCUCCUUCAUCUUCCUCUUUUGUGUGAAGACAAGAACGUUCCUUACGUCUUUGUUCCCUCCAAGACUGCCUUGGGCCGUGCCUGUGGUGUCUCUCGCUCCGUCAUCUCUGCUUCCAUCACCACCAACGAAGCCUCUGAUUUGAAGCCUCAAAUCUUGAACAUCAAGACUCAAAUCGAGAAGCUCCUCAUCUAA